CAGCGCCUGAAGUAGCAUUAGCGAACCGAGCUUACGACAAAUGGCCGUCUGCUUUCUAUCUUUGUGUGGGAAAAAAGCAAUCCUUUUGGGUAGUUUACCGACAAAAUUGUUCAGAAUCAGCACCAGUAUUGGCUUCUCCAGCACCGCUGCAGAGAGGCACAGUACGGGAGAUGACUGCCACAACGAUGAUGGUCAUGAUGAGCAAAGUCUUCCUAUAACGCAUGUCAGGAUGUUAGAGGUGAAAGCCAACAAGCUGGAGGAGCAGGUCCGGGAUCUCACGCACCGAUACAAAAGGGCCUUGGCUGACUCGGACACCGUUCGGAGAAGAACUCAGAAGUUUGUAGAGGAUGCAAAGGCCUUCGGAAUUCAAAGUUUCUGCCGUGACCUAGUGGAGGUGGCAGACCUGCUGGAGGAAGCUGCAGGAGGCGUGGAUGUAGAGGGCACUCAGGAUCUGACUGAGAUAAAGAACAAACUCCUACAGGUGUUUUCCAAGCAUGGGCUGGAGAAAAUGAGGCCUGUGGGUGGCACAUACGACCCUUACCAACAUGAGAUCGUGUUCCAUACGCCAGCUGAAGGAUUUGAGCCUGGUACCAUAGCCACUGUAAGGCAAAACGGUUACACACUGCACGGGCGCACUAUUCGCCAUGCACGUGUGGGAAUCGCUGUGAAAACACAGGACUCUUGAUUACAAUGUUGGCCCUACUCUUGUCCUUUUGCCUUUUCAUGUACAUUAUUGAUCCUCAAGGGGAAAUUUGGGAAUGUGUGUGUACACACACUCAUGUGUAUAUAAAAAAAAAAUAUAGCAAUUUUGAUUCGCUCCCUAAGACCGUUUUCAUGCUUGGUAUUAACAUUUGCCUCAGAUGAACGCUAAGUAUGAAUGUGAAUGGGGUCCAAUGCGUCUUGCGGAGGUGGUCUGAGAUUCACAGGGCCACGUUACAUUUGUAAUGUGAACGCCAAUGUGGCCUGAUCCAUCUCUGACACCAUAAAAAAAAAACACCUAGUUUUGCCAGGUUCACCAUUUUCAUGCUGAAUUGGGCUACCCUCCGAUCUGCACAAGCCAUUUUUUUUUGAUGGCUUGUGUGUUUUGCUAACAUUAUUUAUUUGAUUUCUAUAUCUUAAAUGUACAUACCAGCCACUCGAGUCUCCUCUUAUAUGCAUGUGUCUUACCAUUCUCAACAUAAGCUCCAUUUGUUACUGGACUGCUCUACAUUGGUGGACUGCUCUACGCAUUCACACUGCUGUUUUUAAUUUUUUUUUAUGACAAUGUCAUAAUAUGAGAAUGAUAUGAUAAUUGUUCAUUUAUGUAGUUUAAAAUACAUUGGUUUUUAAAAAUUUAUUGCAGUCUACAGGUUUAUUUCUUGCAUAUAUUAUUUUGUUAGCUUUUGCAUUAUCCCAUUGUUAUAGAAUGUAUGUUUAUUUUUUUGUGGUUCGUUUAUUGUUUGUAGAAAUCGGUACUAAAAAUAAGAUAGUAUUUGUGUGUGUGUGUGUGUGUGUGUGUGUGUGUGUGUGUGUAUGUGUAUAUAAUAUAUAUGUAUGAGGACUUGAGGCCAACCAUACUGAAAACUAGUUUAUAUUUAUUUGUAUCUUAAAUUUAAUCUCAUGUCACUCACUGGACCUUGUUUCUGGAAGAAAUUUCAUUUCCUUCGGUUUUUCCCCUUGAAUUAUCAAAAUGUUAAACAUCCUCUUGUUCGUAUUGAUACAAAAGCUUUGCACUGUGAUAUUUGUGUUUCGGAGAAUAUUUCCCCUCUAUAUGACGGAAGAGGGACAAAAUGAGUAAUGAUGGUUUACUCAACAAACCGAGAAUUUGGAAAAGUUUGUGAUUUUGUGCCUUAAUGAUCGAUCAGAAGUGUCAGAAUAACAAACUUAACAUUUCCUUGUUUGAUAAUUGUCUAGCUUUGAAAAUAUGGUGCACCUUACAUUAGUGUAUAUGAAGUUCACACGAGGUAGAGAGGAACCUGUUUGAUGUUUAUAUUUCAGGUUAUGCAGUCUUUAAGUUUUGUGUACAUUUUGUGUAGUUCACAGUCCAGUGUGAAUAAGACUUUUGCUUGAAGUUGCAUAUGGGAAAUUUUGUAUUUUUGUGUGCAUGGUUUCAGUGAUGUACAGCAUGUUUAUCACUCAUCAUUUUUGUGAAAUUACUAUUAAAACGUAAAGCAUUGUGUAAUGUUUUACAUGUGUA